CUACAUAUACAACUGUCUGCUGUUAGUGCGAGUGAGAGAAAGAAAGGGAUGCAGACGUUUUGGCAGAGGGGGAGGAGGACGAUUCAGUGGACCUGUCUGGGUCUCUCAUGUCACAUUUACGCCCUCAGGAGCUGACCCCUUACUCUCCGACUGGAGAAUAACCUGGAAAAACUCGGAUGGAAACGGGAGUACUGCCCUUUGGAAAGCAGGCGAAGCGACGCACCUCCUUCUGCAGCCGCUGCCUCUGUGAGAAGGACUGAAGAAGUGAAAUGGAGAGGAGAGAAUGACCGGCGUUUUUAAAUUGUAUCGACAUAAAACAGUGAAGAGGAGGCAGAUGCUUUUGUGUCAAUGUGACAGCUGUGGGGAGACAGGCAAGAUUUAUACAUCUAAUUGUACAGUUAGUGCUUGUUGGGUUUUCUUUGAGGGAAAGCAAAGAGCACAGAGCGGAGGAAAGGGGAGGAGAGUUCAGAUCCCAGAGAUUAGACGACAGAGGAGUAAAAAGCGCGAGAAAGCAGAAGGGUACAGAAGAGGAUAAGUACUUGGCAUUUCUGAACUUCCACAGAAGUGAUGAGGACCUAAUCUGACCUCUACAGAAGAAUAUACCUCUCUGAAAUCUGCAAAGUCAUGAACACUCCAACAACAGGGAGCUCCACCAUGGAGGUGAAGGUGGUCCCUCAGGAGAUGGCGUUACUUAGCAACGUACUUGCAGCCUACACCUUUAUUGCAGACCAGCCGGAGAGGACAGCUCUGGUGUUUCUCGGCGGAGUGUGUGUGGGUCUUCUCGUCACACUGUGCGCCAUCGUGUUCCAGAUACACUGUCGGGCAGACUGCAACUACGGGAACAGCAAAGACCUCAACAGCGGCCACAGGAUCAGGCACCUUCACCGUGUCCAGCGCAGCUGUAGCCACCACCAGGCCGGGGACAGUCACGCAAACAACGCUGCUGCCGUCGCCGUGGCCUCUGGGGGGACUGGACAUGCCGGGGACAACCAAUCAGAGGACUGGGAUGACACGUCUGACCUGUCGGCGCGGAGACGCCGACGCUUUGAGAGAGCUCUGCUGCAGGCCACCAUGUUCACAUCAACUGAGGAGCUGGACCGGGCCCAGCGGCUAGAAGAACGGGAACGGAUUCUGAGAGAAAUCUGGAUGAAUGGACAACCGGACAUCAGUACAGUCACUCAAAGCCUCAACAGAUACUACUGAUUCAUAAUCAAACAGGAGACAGAGACAGAGUGGCAGAAAGGAGAAGGACAUCAUGAUGAAUUGGCAGACAGACGAUGAUGGCUGAACAAAUAGUAGCCAAAAGCACACUGGUAUGAUAUGAUGACAGUUUACACUGCACCAAAGAGAAUCAUAUUAAAGUGAAAUAUUGCCUCAAGUGGCAUCAGCACUGUUUGGAAAAGGGCCUCACGUGAGCUGUAAUGUGUCAGUCCUUCAGUAGGAGAUGACUUUGAAGAGAGGAGAAAAACAGUCCUGCAGAACACUGAUGUCAUCCGAGGAUAUUUCAUAAUUUCUUUAUAUGUAACCGCCGUCACAAUGCGAGUGGGACAUUCUAACUUUUGACCUUUGAACUGGUGCUUUUUUUUCAAACAAAGGAGGGGGAGCAGGAGGAAUUCCCUUCCAUGAGUCUACGACAUGACACUGUGCUGUUGCACUUUUGACGUUGUUUCCUGCUGUAGUUAGUUACUGUUUGCAAAGUUUGAGUGGAAAAUUCUUAAAUGUUCUCCUUAGAGAGGAUCGUUUAAUCUCUGUGGAAAGGUGGAGUGAUGCAUUCUGGUGCUUUUAUUGUGGAAAUGGGACAAUGAUUGCAUCGGGACGUGAGCUAGACACAAAGAGCUCCAGUGUGUGAACAGCAGCUCACCUGUUGCAUGUUUUCUAGCACAUUAAAACGAUCCCCAUGUUUGAGAGAGGUUUAAAAUCCAACUCUGUGUGACCAUACAUGUCAUUGAGAUCAUAGGUUGUCGAAUUGAAUUGGUCUUUUAUGGACAUUUUUCACGUAUUGUUCAGUAAACUCCUGUAUUUAAACCUUUGACUAGUAGUUUGUAUUUCCUCUGUAAUGGAGGUAUGCCGUUAUAUGGUCUGCAGAUUGUCCACAGAAUGAUCUACUGUAUGUGUGAUACUGGUUCAAACCAAAUGAAUCCACAUCACAAAAAAAGAGCUUUAACUCAGAAAAGUUGUAUUGUUCCCACCCUCUCCCAUUCACAUUCCCAGUUAACAUGAUGAUGAAUCUCUCCUAAACGUGUUAAGUAACUUUGGGUAAAAACAUUUGCAAUCAAAUUAGCAUAACAGCAGUGUUUAUGGCCAAUAUCAGAAGAAGAAAUAAAAAACACCUA